GAAUGAUCAGCUGAUCGGACUGUCACGCUGCCCUCAGUUUUCGUGUUAGUGUCUGGAGGUGACGGAGGGUUACUCUAAAGGAAACUGUGGGCUACAAUCUUCAAACCGUUCUACCUCAACAGCUGUAGAUCCGCACAGUGAUGUCUGAUGGGGCCCUUUACCGUGGCAUAUUUGUGCUCAGUGAUAAUGGAAACUUCAGCUCUCUCUGCCCGAAUGGGUCCAAGUGGGUUUGGGAUGGUCUGGGGGAAUGUGCCCAGGAUGCCAGAGAUAUGGCCAGUGUGAUUCUCGGGCUGCUGUCAAUAGUUUGCUUCAUGGUAUCCUCAAUACCGCAGUACUACAAUUCCUGCAGGACCGGGAAUAUGGACCGCGCUCUGUCUAUUUGGUUCCUUUUAUUAUGGCUGGGAGGUGACACAUGCAAUUUUGUUGGGUCGUUCUUGGCUGAUCAACUUCCAUUACAGACAUACACUGCAGUGUACUACGUGUUGGCAGACAUGCUAAUGUUGUCAAUGUACAUCUACUACAAACUAAGGAAUAGGGACAGAGACAGUGUGUUGCUGAAUGCAGUCAGCGUACUGUGUUUUCUGGGAAUUUCAUCUUCGCUCCUCAGUCUCCCUCACUUAGCCCUAGAGGAUCAGAUGCCCACAGGGUUUAAGGGUCGAGCACUGCUGGCAGUGGAGGAUAAAAACAGUUCGGUGCAGCCCUUUAAUACAAAAGAGAUUAUAGGCUUUUUCAUUGGCUCCCUGUCCUCAGUACUGUAUCUGUGCUCCAGACUGCCACAGAUGUACACUAAUUUUUGUCGGAAGUCAACAGAGGGCGUGUCUUUUUUCUUGUUUGCCCUUGUGAUUCUGGGAAACACUACAUAUGGCAUAAGCGUGCUACUGAAGAACCCAGACCGAGGGCAGGGAGAGACCAGCUACAUCGUGCACCACCUCCCCUGGCUCAUCGGCAGCCUAGGAACUCUCUCACUUGACCUUUUAAUAUCCGUACAGUUUAUGAUGUACAGCAAAUCUCCUCGCAAUUCAACAGGUACAAAUGAAGAGACUGCCGCCCUUCUUCACAGCUGACAAACUCCCAUUCCAGCUGUGACUGGUCAAGAUGUUGGAAGUGCCUUGUGCUUUUGUGCAUCAGAGUGCAUCACAUUCCCAAGAAUCCGAAACCGAAACUGAAAGACAAGAACAUAAAAGUUGAGUUUUAUUUAUUUACAUUUUAUAAUCAACAAUUAAAGUGUCUUGUCUGAUAGAAUAAUGAACAUUCUUGAUUAGUUAAAAUUUUUGGCACCAAAUGGACUCAACCAAAACAGUCUUGUCGUGUUUGUACUGUAAUUUCAUAAUUCAUAGAGGCACCUUUUGUACAAAGCAUUAAAUCAUGUUGUGUUUUAUAUACAAUCAAACAAUUGAUUGAUUCAACAAUAAGUGUUGAAUUCGGCAGGUCAGUACAUUUUUAUUUGUAUAGUGCUUUUCACAGCUUUUCACAGCACGCAUCAUUUCAAAGCAGCUUUACAGGAAAUCAUGCAUCAACAGAAAAUGAAAACUGUAAUAUCAAUAAAGUCUUAGAGUCAU